UGAUCAAAGCGUCUUGGUGAUAACAGACACUCAGUUGGUAAAUAAUAAAAAGUCAAAGGAGAUAAAUUAACGGUGUCCUGCAGUGCCACUCACCAUUUAAAUAUAACAUCACUUCAGAUUUUUUUUGUGAUUUUUGGGCGUGGGAAGGUUUCACUUAACGCAACAUGUUCAAAUCGUUGGUACUCGGCUUGGCGUUGCUUUGUUGUGCACAAAAUGCGCUCGCAGGAUUUCUCGGCGGCUAUGGUUUGGGCCAUGACUAUGGCCACUAUGGUUUGGGGCAUGGACUCUAUGGAGGCUAUGGUGGCUAUGGGCAUUAUGGUGGUUUCGGCGGCCACUACGCAGCGCCUAUCAUUACCAAAUCAAUCGCAGCAGCGCCAGUGAUUACGAAAAUUCACGCCGCACCCAUCAUCACGAAAACUAUUGCGGCGCCAAUUGUGACAAAGACCAUCGCCGCCGCGCCCAUAUCAAUUGGACAUGGCUAUGGCUUAGGCUAUGGCUUGGGACAUGGCCUGUAUGGUGGUCAUGGUUUCUAUGGAGGGCAUGGUUUGUAUGGAGGGCAUGGCUUGUAUGGAGGGCUUGGCGGCUUCUACGGACAUGGUUAUGGCUAUGGACAUGGUUGGUAGAAGAGAAAUAGAAUAUUACAAAUUUAGUAUGAAACAUAAAUAUAUAUGAGUAUAAUAAUAAUCAUGUAAACGUUCUGUAGUGGUUCACCUAACGGGUGUUCAUUAAUAAGUAUGUAAAUCAACAUACAUGUGUAUGUGUGUAAGACAGUGCGAUUGUGGCCAAACCUCAUUAAUAAUACUCUUUCCUUAUAAUUCGACCAUGUAAUUUUACAACAAAUGCUCAUAUGUACGUAUUUGUGUAUAAUA